AUGGCAUUUAGGUCGACCACCGGAAUUAUUUUUUUGGCAUGUUUAAUUGUAUUAGCAUCAUCAGCUGUACCAAAGAAUAUUAAGAGAAAACCUGCUAAUCCACCACCACGGGCUGAAGUCGAUCCCGAGAAAGAUGCCGAGAUCACGAACUCGUGUCCAGAUGAUGGAUUCUUUGCUGAUGCCGAACAGUGCGAUAAAUAUUAUGAAUGCAGAAACGGAGAGAUCAUAGAAAAACUGUGCCCAGAUGGUAUGGUUUUCAACGACUAUAGUCCCGAACAAGAGAAGUGCGAUUUGCCUUUCAACAUCGAUUGUUCACAUCGACCCAAGUUACAGACUCCUAUACCAUCUCUUCACUGCCCACGUCUCAAUGGUUACUUUUCUCAUGAAGAUCCCAAAGAAUGUGGCAUAUUCUACUAUUGCGUGGAUGGGAAAUUUAACAUGAUCACGUGCCCUGAUGGAUUGGUAUACAACGAUAAAACCGGCAUUUGUACAUGGCCUGAUGAAGCUAAGAAGACGGGUUGUGGUGCUGCUGAUGUGUUCCAAUUCGACUGCCCACCUGUAAACGAGACGUUCGGACUAACACACCCUCGGUAUGCGGAUCCCGAAGAUUGUCAGUUCUUCUACGUUUGUAUCAACGGUAACACCCCGCGUCGUUCUGGAUGUAAGCUGGGACAAGCUUUUGAUGAUGUUAGCAAGAAAUGCGAAUGGGCGAGAAAAGUGCCCGAAUGUGCGGACUGGUACAAAGACCAAUUGACUGAUGCUGAGUUGGACGCUCUAGAAAACCCACCAACUGUCAAACCUAAACCGUCUGGUUCUCAGCCCACAAGACGCAAGUCGCAACGUCCGAAAGCGAAGGAUGUCGUGAUUGAAGAAUAA